GGGGCCUGAACCUUUGACAGGUAGGCGUCGUUCCCAUAAUGCACUGCGACAAAGAUGGCUGCGCUGGUGGACCUGAACGUCGCUCGCAAACACCUUAGCGAUGCGCUGGGCGAAAAUAUCAAGCAGUACUGGGCCAACAUGAAACUUUGGUACAAACAGAAGAUCAGCAAAGAGGAGUUUGACAUGGAGGCCAGGAGACUGCUCACUCAGGACAAUGUUCACUUUCACAAUGAGUUCCUGUUGGCGAUCCUGGCCAAAUGCCAGGCCAUGCAGACCAGCCCUGCACAACAGAAGGCUGGCAAGUUUACACCUCAACAGAAGGCCAUUGUCACCAAGGAGGCGGCAGCAGUUGUAGGAACUCUUCCUCCUGGAAAACUCAAGAAAACAAAAGUCAAAAAGAAAAUAAAAACUCCAAAGGGCAAUUUUGAGCACCGGUUUGUCCCAGCCAGUCCGUUCAUGGACCUGCCUGAGACCACCAUCAAGUCUAACCACCAGGAGAGCGAGCUGGUGGGGUUCUGUGCCAGACAGAUGACCUUACCUGACCUGGGCAUGCUGACCGGUCGGGUGAUGGUCACCGCCUGGGAGUGCGGGCUGGAGCAGACUCAGGACGAGGCCGUGCACCUGGUCCUGUACGCUACGGAGAAUUGUCUGAAGGACAUCCUGAGUGCCAUACUGACCAGGAGAAGAGCCUACAGGACGAGAGAAGGCAGCUUUAGAUACGGGAUGGGGACAACCUCCGCACAGUCAUGUCUCAGGAACGCAGCAAGACUUCCCUCCACUUCAGAAAGUGCUACGACAGUGUCCAUCAGUAGUGGCCACAUCCCCGGGAUGAGGUCCACAUGGGAGGAGGGGGAACAGGAGGCGGCCAUGUUGGCGGCGUGCCAUAGCAGCGAGGAACCGCCCUCGUUACCGCCCAUCUCGCUACAGGACGUGGUGACGGGACUGGGGGUGAACAGAUCGGCAGUGCCGUCCCAUACCGUGUACAUUUUCGCCAUGGAGCGCGCCCUGUCCCGCAUGUGGCACCCCUCGCACGAGGAACUCGAACAAGACGACAUCCACAGGAGGGAGGAAGAACACAGAAUAGAACAGCAGCAGAGGUAUCUCAGAAUAUGACUAAACCAUAAGAGAUGAACUGAAUUUCAAAACAUUCAUAUCAAAAAUAACACAGAUUUCUCAAUUGAAGGACCACUUAAUAAUCAAUGAGUAGCAACAUUUCCUUCCAUAUUUAAGAAGUUAACAAAUUGUAUACUAAAACAUUGACUUAUAAAUACUUGAGGACUUCAAGUUGUGUACUUGUCAUUCUAAGUGCAACUUAAAACUUUACUAUUGCAGUUUAAAAUUGUCCUUUUGUCCUAACUAUUGUAUAUCUGUACAGUUGAUAUUCCUAAUGCAGUUACUUAUAUAAGGGGUGCCAUUUCAAUUCCCUUUACUAUCUACAUAAGAUAAUAAUUCAAAUUGCCAUUCUUCCUUAACCUUUAGUAUAUACUAUUGGUAAGAAUAGACUUCCAAAUGCUAGUGAUUUACCCUCUUAGAGGUUAGAGUUUGAUACUGUAUAUCAUGCAUUGUAAAUCUUGUUCCAAAAAAAUAAAACUUUUUGU